GUCAGCCGGCAGACCGACCCACUCCCCGGCCCGGGCAGGGGAGGGGCAGAUGUGCCGGGCCUCCGCGGUGCCUGUCGGCCCUUCGCGCAUCCAUGCGCUGCUGAGGGCGAGACACAUGGGCAAGUGCCCAUUGACUGGGGAAGGGGCCACAUUGCGCAAGUCCCCGCCCGGCCUUGGGGGUGAUCCUCCGCGGGGAAAGGGACCUGCCGCGGGCAGGCCCGCGGGUUGCCAUGUGCAGCGGGGAAAAGGCCGCCAAGUGCUGCUCGGGAUGUUGGUCAAUCGGUCACCGGCCCCCCCCCCCUGCAACUUCUGCUUGUGUUCAUCCCCCUGCGCCCCCUCCACCCCGUUCGCGCCACAUCCCUGGUCCCCUCUGCCCGGGUGCCACGAUGCCUUCACCGCCGGACUUCUCGUUGCCGGCUUUCUCCCUGAGCGGCAGCGUUGACCCCACCACCCUGGGGCCGGAUGUUCCCCUGUCCGAGUUUGCCGCCGCUUGGGACCAAGACGAGCUGGCCUUCGCCCACUCCUUCCGGUCUCUGGGCUUCGAUGCGCGCAUUGAUUUUCGGUGCUUCCUGGACAUCCGCUACAUGCCACCCGGCGGGGAUGCCUCCCCGGAUGCCCCUUUCUUCGGCCCAAACGACGAGGACAUCCCGGAAGACCACGUCGUUGUCGAAGUGCGCAUCCCUCUGCCGGAUGUGUUCUGGCUUCCGCGGUAUGCCGCCUGCAACCUCCGGCGCAUGGAAUCCCACCGGAUCAACGAGGCCGGUGAGCUCGUGGUUCGCGCGUCGGAGGCCCCUCUCCGGGAGGCCAACUUGGAGGACUGCCUGGGACAGAUCGAUCGGCUGAUCCUCGGCGCGGUCGCCCUGCCCGAGGAUUAUGUGCCAACCGGCUUCAGGUAGGGGGCUCCCGGGCGUCCGUUUGAUGCAUUCGCGCUGGCGGUUCGCCGGGCCCCGGCCGCUCUUGCGUCACCCCCCCCCCCGCACCGCCUCGCCCUCCCUCGCCGGAAAAAUACACAAACACACCUGCCCCCCCCUGGAGGGGGGGCAGGCGAAGUUCACA